AUGGAUUCUGAAAAUCGUGUCAUUUUAAAUGUUGGCGGUAUAAGACAUGAAACAUACAAAGCCACAUUGAAGAAGAUACCUGCAACACGAUUAUCAAAAUUAACUGAAGCAGUAGCAAAUUAUGAUCCCAUAUUAAAUGAAUAUUUUUUUGAUCGUCAUCCAGGUGUUUUCAAUCAAAUAUUGAAUUAUUAUCGUACCGGUAAAUUACAUUAUCCUACAGAUGUAUGCGGACCAUUAUUUGAAGAAGAACUUGAGUUUUGGGGUCUUGAUGCUAAUCAAGUUGAACCAUGUUGUUGGAUGACAUAUACAUCACAUCGUGAAACUCAAGAAACACUUCAAAUAUUAAAUGAUUUAGAUUUAGAUACAGAAAGGAGAACUGACGAAGAAUUAUAUUCAAAAUUUGGUUGGGAUGAUGCAUAUCAAUCUGGUAAAUUAACUUUAUGGCAAAGGUAUAAACCAAAAAUUUGGAUGUUAUUCGAUGAAUGUUAUUCAUCAUUAGGGGCAAAGAUUAUUGCUGUGAUCUCUGUAUUUUUCAUUGUUCUAUCAAUACUUUGUUUUUGUUUAAAAACAUCAUCCAAUCUACGUAUACCAUUAUUAUAUAAUGAUUCAAAUCAAUUAUUAACAAAUUAUGAAACAUCACUUUCAUAUACACCUUAUUCUACACUGUCAUCAUCCUCGUCGUCGUCGUCAUCUCCAUCAUCGUCAUCAAUGUAUUCAGAUAUCCAUACUCAUCAUAAUACACAUUCUAUAUCAUCAUCAUCAUCAUCAUCUUCAUUCAAUCUAGAUCCUUCAUGGACAAUACGUAAACGUAUGAUUAAAUCACAUAUUCUAUUUAGUUAUAUAGAAUGUAUAUCAAAUGGAUGGUUUACAUUUGAAAUUAUAAUACGUUUUAUAGUAACACCAUGUAAAUUAGAAUUUAUUAAAUCCCCUAUUAAUAUAAUUGAUUUAUUAGCCUUAUUAUCAUUUUAUGUAGAUUUAAUAUUAACUAAAAUUAUGUCCAAUGAAGCUAAUUAUGAAGCAUUAGAAUUCUUUUCUAUUAUACGUAUUAUGCGAUUAUUUAAAUUAACCCGCCAUAUAGCUGGUUUAAAAUUCUCAUUCAUACAUUUCGUGCAAGUCUUAAAGAAUUAG